GAAUCUCAAAAGGAAUUUCAUUCCCCCUUUUCUCAAUCAAUUUUUUUUCUUUCUCUCUUUUUCUCUUUUCUUUUUACUUUCUUUCAUUUCAUUUCAUCAACUAUGCUUAUCAAAGAAUUCCGUGUCAUUAAUAACUGUACACAAGCUGAAUAUCAAGUUGCUCAACUUUAUUCUACGGCCAUGGCUUCAAAAGAAACCACAGGUGGUGGUGAAGGUGUAGAAGUUUUGAAGAAUGAACCUUACGAAAAUGCUGAUGGUCAAAAAGGUCAAUAUACAUACAAGAUCUAUCGUUUAGCUUCUCGUGUCCCUGCUUUUGUUCGUGCCAUUGCUCCUACUGGUGCUUUAGAUCUUUAUGAAGAAGCUUGGAACGCAUAUCCUUAUUGUAAAACAGGUAACAACAAAUCUUAUUUUUCUCCAAGGGGAGGAUCGGGUGUGAAUGGUUGGAUGAAAGAUAACUUUUCGAUCGUUUAUGAAACUCUACAUGUAGAUGGCUCUCGUGGUGAACUUGAAAACGCAUUGAAUAUUUCUAAAGAAGAUCUCAAGAAACGUGAAGUAGUGAUCAUUGACAUUGCUCAUGACAAGAUUGAUAGUAAAGAUUAUAAACCUGCCGAAGAUCCCAAGUUAUUCCAUUCCCAAAAGACGGGUCGUGGUCCCCUGGUAGACCCUGACUGGCAAAAGAAAUGUGACCCUGUUAUGACUUGUUACAAGCUUGUUUACAUUGAAUUCAAAUGGUUUGGGAUCCAAUCCAAGACCGAAUCAUUCAUUGCAAACUCUAUUCACAACCUUUUCAUCAAAUUCCAUAGACAACUAUUUUGCUGGACAGAUCAAUGGUUUGGUAUGACUAUUCAAGAUAUUCGUGAUAUGGAAGAACAAACAAAGAAGGAUUUGGAUGAAAAACGAAAGUUGAAGGAUACUGGUUCUAUUCAUGAAUCUAUGAAGGACUCUGGUAAUGCUUCUAUUCGUUCAGUACAACGAUCCGUCAAGGGAAAAUAGAUAGAUUGUUUUUUUAUUCUUCUAUAGCAUAGUUUUAUCUCUUUUCUUUUUUUUUUUUUUU